AUGGGUGUUGAAGGUCUGCUUCUGAGAUCACUGGAGAAGCUGUUAAAUGCUGAUCUGAAGCUGUUUCAGUGGCACUUAGUGAACGAUCAUGAGCGUAUAUCUAAGUCUGAAAUGGAGGACGCAGAUAGGUUAACAACAGUGGAUAAGCUGAUGGCGUGUUUUAGACCAGAAGAAGCAGUGAAGAUCACAGUCGGCAUCCUGAGGAAGAUGAACCAGAAUCAUCUGGCUGAACGACUGGAGAACAAACACAAGCAAGCUCAGAUGAGCAGCGGUGGUCACACUGGAGUCAGUGAUGAUCUUGCUCAGAUGGGAGUGGCUGUAAAUGCUCCUGUACUCGCUGGAAACACCAUCACAGGCCCAGUGACCAUCAACUACAGCACUGCAGGACACGGUACUGAUAUCAUCAGGUGGAACCGAUCCUCAGUAAAAUACAGAAGUAAAUUAGAGGAACUCCAGGAAGAUUCCUCCAGGAAAAAAGUUGGAAAUAUCUAUUUCUCUAAGUACAAGAUUGGCUCUGGAGGAAGUGGCACAGUAUAUCUUGGUCUGAAGGAAGAUGGCACUGAGGUGGCCAUUAAACAAAUAAUCAAGGACCAACAGGAAAGCAAAUACUUUGAAAAUGAACUAAAGCAUCUACAGGAUUUAAAUCUUGAGAGCAAGAACAUCGUCAGGUAUGUGGACUUCGCAGAGGAUGAAGACUUUUACUAUCUUGCACUACAGCUUUGUGAAUAUGAUCUGGAGGAUUACAUGGAAAUUAUUCGUCAGGAAGAACAAAAAGACAAAGACACUGCUUUGAGGAAAGUAGUGGAGGAGAUUCUUCAUGGCCUUCAAGUUCUUCACCGUGCUGGAGUGAUACAUCGCGAUAUAAAGCCUGGAAAUAUUUUGAUAGAUUCAGGAAAAAAUGCAAGGCUGGCCGACUUCGGCUUGAGUCGUACACUGGAGGACGGCAGAAGCACACUGCAUACUGCUAGAGCUGGUACUCGUGGCUGGGAAGCAACCGAGAUCCUGAAUCAACACAGAGGUUACAAGAAGAGCUCAGACAUCCAGGUUGCUGGGAUGUUGGUGUACUACAUCCUCUCUGGCGGGAAACAUCCUUUUGGGGACGUGAAGGAUCGUGAGGAGAACAUCAAGACAGGGCAGUACUUUCUUGAAGAUUUGCAGUAUAUAGUAGCAAAGGAUCUCGUAGAUAGGAUGAUCAAAAAAGAACUGGCAGAAAGACUGACCAUUGAUGAGGUCCUAGAUCACCCUUACUUCUGGGAUGAUGACAGGCAAGAUACAGUCCUUAGAAAGCUGGGUGAUAGGCCUGAAAUUCAGAAAUACGAGACUUUAGCAAAAUUUCAUGACCUGUACAUAAAAGAUAAGGAGCACACAGAGGGAAGAGAGCCAACAGCAACACUGACCAUUGACGAGGCCUUCGAUGUACUUAAAAUUGAGAAUGAGAAGAAGAGAAAUGACAUUAUUGCUACAGUGGGUGAGGAUUUAAAUGACCUUUGGAAGCUCUUCAACACUGCGGAGGAGGUCACAAAGGAAAACGUUUUUUUGAUUGGCAAUCAGAGCUUUCAAAUAUAUGGCCAGAUGUUAACAAAAAGAUUCUGGGGGAUGUUCUUGGCCUGCUGCGUUUUUUGCGCAACAAACUAGUGCAUACAACAGACUUUAAAGAAAAGAAGAUAUUUGUUCUCUUCCCAGACUUCUUUAUCAGUAUACACAGAGUGGCUAAAGACUUGAACUGGAAAUACUGCAAAUGCAGAGAGGACACAGUAUAUUAUUCUGCAUUUGGCACUUAACAUGUAAUUUAGCGCAGUGCAUUCAUAUUCUGGGCCCAUCUCCUUGCCUUAUUAUCAAUAAAGUGUAUAAGGAUCAUCAAUAAGGAGUUUUGUCUUUUUAAAUCAGUGUAUUAGUCCUUUAAACUAUUAUGUAUUUUAACCAUUUUCUGUGGGGGA